CGGUGCCGCGCUUGACCGUAACGGAACGCCAAGUGACGCGCUACCCUGCUUUUCAAGGGUAUAUUGUUUUGAACAUUCGUUUUGUAACCGACUCUAUAUAGGGGGACCUUGUGCAUCAAUAUCAUUGCUCAUCCAUUAGUCGCUCUUGGUUGGACAUUUUUUUUUUUGUAUUUGAUCGUAGUAUUUUAUAUUUAUAUUCCGGCCACGGAGCCCGACUUCUACUAUAUAAAUACUCGCGAUAAAUUCCGCCAAGGCCACAUAUCCACGGUUCGUCGUUCAAAACUUCCACUUCUCCAUUCCGCUCACCUGCUUUGCGACUCUGAUACGCGUUAUCGCAAAUCCAUCAGCCAACCAUGCCCACUGGUGAUAAGAAAUCUCGCAAGAAGUUUAAGCGGUUCCAUCCUCAUCCAGACAUGGCCCCACGGAUCCGCGCCAGCCGCACCACGGAGAGCCGGCGUGAUCGAGGGAUCAACUCGUACCGUUGCCGGGUCUGCCGAGGAAUUCAUCCGCUACGGACCUGUCACCAUUUCCUUCGCCUGAGCCCUGAGAAGAGACUCCGAGCUGUCCUCAUUAACAAAUAUUGCGGGAACUGCCUGGCCCACCAACACUCCGGCCAGGAUUGUCGCAGUGGCGGGCUGUGCCGGGUGUGUGGAAAAAACCACCACACUCUACUCCACAUACCCUCGUCGCGUCGUCCAGUCCGCUCGGCCUCAGGAGCAUCGUCGCCAUCUACAGCGCCCCACGUCAAACGCCGACAUCGGCGUCCAGCCCGCUCAGCCUCGGCUGCAUCGUCGCCAUCCACGUCGGCCCACGCCGACCGCCGCCCGCGUCUCCCCGUGAGCCGCCCCGUGGCAGGGCCCCCGGCACCAUCCGUCGACUCACUUCUACAACAUCGAAGCCUCAUCCUACUCCCGACGGCGCUGGUGGUCUUGGAUACGGGUUCCAAAAACUUCGAGACGGCGGCGCUCAUCGACCCAUGCACGCCGGUGAGCUGUAUUGACGACUCCUUGGCCAGCGCCUUCAAGUUGCCCACCACUUGUGUGGGGGACGAGAAAGUGUGUACGGCGGUGAUCCGCGCCAAAAUGGGCGACUUCCAGUUGGAGACGAUGCUCAAGGUCGAGCCCCGUGUGCGCAUCCGCACGCCUAUCCGACAGCUGAGCGAUUCCGUGCGGGCGCGUUUCGGUGACCUGAGGCUUGCCGAUGAACAAUUCCAUCGACCGGCGACAAUCUCGCUCAUCUUGGGAGCAGAUGUCUACCCGAAGGUGAUCCAGCCCGGGUUCCUUGCGCGUGAGGACGGCCUGCCGGUGGCCCAGAGCACCGUUUUUGGAUGGAUCGUGUCGGGGGCGUGCACCCAGCCAUAGGCCACCCCAUUAGUCUUUGCAAUCCUGCAAGGGGGGGGGAGGAUGUUCAGGCUAGCAAUGGACAGUUUCCGGGCACUGUGCCGGCUCCGCGCGCCUCGGUCCCGGCUCGCGCUCGCGCGCUCGGAGGGGCGCUCGGAUCCACAAUCCACGAUCCACACGGCGCUC